AUGUUGAUCUGGAAUAGCAGUGAUACUAUGGAGCCCACUUUUUUAAAGGGUUUUCCUGGGUUGGAGCAUGUUCAUUGCUGGCUCUCUGUCCCACUCUGUCUUGCAUACGUGGUGGCCGUGACUGGUAAUAUCACCAUCCUCUCAGUCAUUUGGCAAGAGUCAUCUCUCCACCAGCCCAUGUAUUACUUCCUUUCCAUCUUGGCAGUGACCGACUUGGGCAUGUCCAUGUCCACAAUUCCCACGGUGCUCGCUGUGCUGUGGUUUGAUGUGCGGGAAAUUCGGGCAAAUGCUUGUUAUGCUCAGCUCUUCUUCAUCCACACCUUCACCUUUCUGGAGUCUUCGGUGCUGCUCGCUAUGGCCUUUGACCGUUUUGUUGCAAUCUGUCGUCCGAUGCACUAUUCUACCAUCCUCACCAACAAUGUGAUUGGCAAGAUUGGUUUGGCCUGCCUGCUCCGAAGCAUGGGAGUUGUCCUGCCCACGCCUUUGCUCCUGAGACGCUAUCACUACUGCCACAGCAACGCCCUGUCCCACGCCUUCUGCUUGCACCAAGAUGUUCUGAAGUUAUCCUGCUCAAAUGCCAAGAUCAACAGCAUUUAUGGCCUGUGUGUAGUUAUUGUCACUCUAGGUGUGGACUCGGUCCUCAUACUUCUUUCCUAUGUGCUGAUUCUCAAUAUAGUACGUUCAGUUGCCUUGGCCAGGAAAGAAAAGCCCUGUGGGGGAAUAGGUGGCUCAAUGCCAGCAACUGAUAUCCUCUUUCAGAGUUAA